AUGAAGAUCAGCGCGCUCAUGACCUCUGCGGGCAUCAACAUUGGGAUCUGCGUGCUCCUGUGGUCCCUCUAUUCCGUUCUCAGAAAGCAGCCAGCAUUUGUCAGGGUCUACUUCGGCCGGAGGAUCGCCGAGGAGAAUAGACUGCUCCGAGAGGCCUUCAUCUUGGAGAGGUUUGUUCCAUCCACCGGCUGGAUCGUCAAGGCCCUGCAGUGUACCGAGGAAGAUCUCUUGGCAGCUGCUGGGCUGGAUGCUAUUGCUUUCAACAGAAUACUAGUGUUCAGCAUACGCAUCUUUUCCCUAGCUGCCAUCCUGUGCCUUUUUGGAAUUCUUCCAGUGCAUUAUUUCGGACGAAAGACGCAUCACCUUGAGAUUCCUUCAGAACAAUUGCAUAUGUUCACAGUUCAGAAUGUGGAAGUGCAAUCAAGAUGGCUUUGGGUUCAUUCUUUAGUCCUCUACAUAAUAUCUGGAGUAGCUUGCUUUCUCCUACAUAUUGAGUAUAAGCACAUUGCUAGGCUGAGGCUCCUUCACCUUAAACGCACAACACUAAAUCCAGGCCAAUUUACUGUGCUUGUUCGCGGAAUACCAAAGACAGCAAACGAAUCGUGCAGUAGUGACGUUGAUGAUUUCUUCACCAAGUAUCAUGCAUCAAGUUACCUAUUCCAUCAAGUUGUUUACAAGGCUGGGAAAGUUCAGAAGAUAAUGACUGGUGCGAAGAAGGCAUGUGGAAAGUUGGACCAUUCCACUUCCACAGACACAACUCUAGAUCAGAGCCGCAAAGCAAUUACAUACCCGUGUUGUGUUUGUGGAGCUUCUUCAAAUUCUUUCCAGUUGUUACCGACUGACGAAGUUGCAAAGAACAUAGAUAACGAGUCCUGGAACUAUUUACAGGAAUGUGCGGCUGCUUUUGUAUUUUUCAAAACUCGGUAUGGCGCACUUCUUGCUUCACAAGCACUUCAGACUUCGAACCCUACGAAGUGGGUUACCGAUCUAGCUCCAGAGCCAGAUGAUGUGUAUUGGUCAAACAUUUGGCUUCCCUAUAAGCAGCUUUGGAUUCGACGGAUAGCUACGCUUCUAGGUUCUCUUGUUUUUUCGGUCUUAUUUUUGCUACCAGUGACAUUUAUACAAGGUCUGUCCCAGCUUGAUCAGGUGCAUCGGAAGCUUCCUUUUCUUAAUGGGUUAUUAAAGCAGCCAUACAUAAGCCAAAUAAUAACUGGAUACCUUCCAAGUGUCAUACUGCUACUAUUCCUGUACACCGUUUCGCCAAUAAUGAUAUUGUUUUCGACAUUGGAGGGGCCUACAUCUCACAGUGAAAGGAAGAGGAGUGCUUGCUCUAAAGUGCUGUACUUCUUCAUUUGGAAUGUGUUCUUUGUUAAUUUAGCAUCUGGUGCUGUCAUAAGCCAAUUGAAUUCUUCUUCAACCACAAAGGACAUCGCUGUCCAGCUAGCUGGUGUCAUACCUGGGCAGACUACAUUCUUCAUCACCUAUGUUCUGACUUCAGGAUGGGCCAGUUUAUCGUCUGAACUUAUGCAACUCUUUGGUCUGAUCUAUAACUUUAUAAUAAAGUAUGUUCUGAGAAUGAAAGAAGAUACAGCGUUCGUCCCCACGUUUCCGUAUCACACAGAAGUACCAAAAGUUAUGUUGUUUGGCCUGUUGGGCUUCUCAUGCUCUGUACUGGCACCCUUGAUCCUACCUUUUCUGCUAGUCUACUUCUUCCUGGGUUAUGUCGUAUACCGCAAUCAGCUACUCAACGUUUACCGGAUGAGAUAUGACAGUGGUGGUUUGUAUUGGCCAAUUGCACACAACACGGUGAUGUUCUCUCUCGUGCUCACCCAGAUCAUCUGCUUCGGCGUAUUUGGCCUAAAAAAAUCACCAGUAGCUGCAGGCUUCACCAUACCUCCUAUAUUCUUUAUUCUUUCAUUCAAUCAGUACUGCAGAACCCGGUUUCUUCCUCUAUUCAAAACUUUUCCCACACAGGACUUAAUCGACUUGGACAGGGAAGACGAAAGGUCAGGAAGAAUGGAACAUAUUCACCAUGGACUCCGUUCCGCGUAUCGCCAGUUCCCUGAUGAAGAUAUAAAGCUGGAGAAAAUCCUGACCGUCCGGAAUGACGAGGACCAAGAUGAAGGUCGUAGCUCGAGCGAGCCCAACGGAGAACAAACCUGCAAGGAACAAGAGCCCGGAAGGGAUCUGUGUCACCCUACUCUGGAGGGACUCCCUGUUAGCCGUCUGCGGGAUUCCGUGAGAUCCAUCGCUUUCCUCUGGACUGCAAAGAAGAGGUCCGGCGAUAGCGCAUUGAUGAACUAA